GAAGCUAAUAAACGUAAUAUAUGUUGAAUUUAACCUCCAUAGCUGUGUAUAUUAUGGAAUUAUAUUAAAUGAACCGGUGAUAAACAGUUACUCCAGAAAUUUUUCUUGUAAUUUAAAAAUGAACAAAAAUUUUAUCUGUAGAUUAAUAUAUAUAGCAUUAAGUUUAGUUAAUAGUAUUUUAGAAAUCGAAUGUAGUAAUGGUCAGUUAAUUUAUGCCAUAAAUUGCGGUGGCGAAGCUCACACAGAUUCAUUUGGAAUUCGAUAUGAACGAGAUCCUUUACACGGGCGUAUUGGUAUCGCCUCAGAUUAUGGCAAACGACUUUUAAUUGGCAGAGUUCCACCUAACGACUACAUAUUAUAUCAGACUGAAAGGUAUCACACAAAUACCUUUGGAUACGACAUUCCAGUAAAUUCAGACGGAGAUUAUGUAUUGGUAUUAAAAUUUUGCGAAGUGUACUUCAAUGCACCCGACCAGAAAGUAUUUGAUGUAGUAUUAAAUGGUGAUCAUACAAUUGUAGCUGAUUUAGAUAUUUUUGAAAAAGUUGGGAGAGGAGUUGCCCACGAUGAAUAUAUACCGUUCAAAAUAACAAAAGGACGGCUUUAUGUUAAUGGGGAAGAAUCGGAAAUUCGAGGAGGUCGUAUUCGUGUAGAAUUUAUUAAAGGUUAUAAAGAUAAUCCAAAAGUAAAUGCCAUGUAUGUUAUAAAAGGUAAAUAUGAAGAUGUUUCCAAAUUACCUCCGAUUCCUGUUGAACCGAGUCCUCCUGUGGAGGAAUUGAAAGAAGAAAGUGAAACUAUUCCAAAAUCUAGAAGACCUAGUGGACCUAAACAACCUGAUCCUUACACUGCAGAUGAUUCUUCACUCAUGUUACCUAUUUUCAUUGCAAUAGGAGCCUUUAUACCUUUGUUAUUUUGUUUAUGUAAAUUGUGAUGCCACUGAAUAUUUAAUUUUUAUUAUUUAAUAGAGAAAUAUUUAUUGUUAA